GCGUAGAAAUAAUUGCUAAUUUGCAAUCAGCUCAUGUUGACUGAAAUAAUCUAUCACUUGAUGUCUCUCAAACCAGCUGAUAUGCUUAGAAGCUCUAGAGAGUUUAACAUAAAGUGAUAGUGAGAUAUGUGAAUAUGAAUUUAGACUGGCUGAGUCUCAGAUUAUCCAUAAUUAGGCUUAGCAAGCACAAGCCCAAUUUUCAUGGGGGUUGAGUUGAUGAAUAAUCUUAAAACUAAUUUUUAAUGUUAUUUUAUUUUUAAUUUAAAAUCAUUCUUAUUAUUAAUUUAUAAAGUGAUUUUAAGUUUUACAUGUUUAUAGUGUUAUAUAGAUGAGGUGAAUUGACAAGAUUGUCCUUUGAUGAUUAAAAUUUAAUAUGCCUUAAUCCAAAAAACAAGGGGGUAAUUUUAAGUGCUUUCCAAGCUAUGGGAGAAAAUGUUAGUUUAAGAUAGAUUGAGGGUCACAAGGUAAUCAGCGUAAAUCUUAGCCCAGCCCAACAAUAUGGGCCCCACGGAAAAACACAAACUAGAAACCUGAAGACAAUCAUGGCACCCGAAGAUCCGAAGGGCGCAAACCACCGACGAAGAACUCAAAACUCAUAAAGACUCCAAACAAACACAACCACCAAUUAAAAUGUUUUGAUUUGCUUUUCCUUCGAAUAUAAAAAAACAAAAGGAAUUUUGAGUGUUUGACACACGAACCAUUCAAGUCAAUAACAACAAAAGAAAAACAAAAUCAAAUAAGAUUUAGAAAAACAAUCAAAAUUAAAAAAGAAAUUAUAUAUAAAAUGGAAUGUGUUGUAAUUAGAGUCAAGAAGGACCACUCCCAUUGCUCUGUUCCUGAUUUCCUUUUUUACUAUUUUCACUUUGUUUUCUCAUUAAUAACAUCAAUAUUAAAUUUUAAGUUUAUUCUUCUCUCGUCAAUCUCUUAUCGUCUUCACUUUUUUAAUCUCACAUUCAUAUUGUUUUUAUUAUUAUUAUUGUUGUUGUUGUUGUUGUUAUUCUUUGGUAUUUCUUCUCCGCCUCUUCGUUUUUCUUCACUCUCACGAUAUGUCGUUUUUAGUGAUUUUUUAAAGAAGUUCUCACCGAGGGAAACCCUAGAUUGCUUCUGGAAUCUUGAUCUGCUUCUUCAAUGGAGGCCGAUUCCGAUGCAGAGAAUCAAAAUAAGAGUAGUGAAAGUAAGCAAAUUACUGGUAAUCUUUCCAAUGAUGGUCAACAGAUCAAGCCCAAGCGCCAGAUGAAGACUCCCUUUCAACUCGAAACCCUCGAGAAGGCCUAUGCUUUGGAGGCAUACCCGUCUGAGGCAAUGCGAGCCCAGCUAUCUGAAAAAUUAGGCUUGUCUGAUCGACAACUGCAGAUGUGGUUUUGCCACAGAAGGUUGAAGGAUAAAAAGGAAAAAGAGAAUCCACCCAAAAAAAUGAGAAAAAAUGUGGCUGCCUUAAUGCCAGAAUCUCCUGUAGAUGAAUUUAGGGCCGGGACUGAGCCUGGGAGUGAUUAUGCGUCUGGCUCAGGGUCUGGCUCAGGGUCUGGCUCAAGUCCAUAUAUGGUGGAACUGAGGAAUGCAGCAGGGUUUUCUCAGGCUUUAACGGAUUCUAUACCUUUGGUGAGGAGGUCUUAUGAGUCACAGCAGUCAAUAAUGGAGCUUCGAGCAAUUGCCUGUGUGGAGGCACAGUUAGGGGAGCCAUUGAGAGAGGAUGGGCCAAUCCUUGGAAUGGAGUUUGAUCCUUUGCCACCAGAUGCUUUUGGAGUGCCAAUAGCUAGUGCUGAUCGGCAGAAGCAGUCUGGGCAUUCUUAUGAUGGCAAAAUGUAUGAGCGACAUGAGAUCAAAUCAAACAAGGCUACCAGGGCUCUCCAUGACUAUCAAUCUCUCCAAGAGCAGCCUUAUUUUCACGGUUCACCAGUUGAUUCAAGGGCUAGAACACUUUUUGUACAUGAGCCUUUGUCCAGAGUUCCAAGUGUUCAAGGCCAUGCAUCUCGUGUUCGUGUUUUGUCUCAGCAAGAGAAGCUGGGACACAUAAUUUCAUCAUCUAAUGGGGGUGAAGAAUCUCUCCCACAAAGGGAAUCCUCUUCAAACAAUAGGAUAACUGCUCAGUCUGUUGCUAACCCAAUUUUUGGAACUGAAGAUCCUUAUAUGUUGUCUGAUGGCCAAACCUUCCAUAAUGAUCCUGAGCUAUGGGUGGAGAGGAAACGCAAGAGUUUGCAAUUUGAUGAAGCUAGAAUUUCAAGGGAAGCUGAAGCACAUGAGAUUCGGAUACGUAAGGAGCUUGAGAAACAAGAUAAUUUAAGGCGAAAGAGUGAAGAACGAAUGAGGAAAGAAAUGGAAAAGCAUGAGCGUGAAAGACGGAAGGAAGAAGAAAGGUUGAUGCGUGAGAAGCAACGAGAAGAAGAGAGAUCGUUGCGUGAACAAAAACGUGAAAUUGAGCGAAGGGAAAAGUUUUUACAGAAAGAAUACUUAAGAGCUGAAAAGAGGAGGCUAAAGGAAGAACUUCUCUUACAAAAACAGGCAGCAAAACGUAAAGUUGCCAUUAAGAAGGCAACUGCCCGCAAAAUGGCAAAAGAAUCUAUGGAUCUUAUUGAGGAUGAGCAAUUGGAACUCAUGGAUUUGGCUGCUGCAAGCAAGGGAUUAUCCUCAAUAAUUCAUCUUGAUCUUGAUGCUUUGCAAAAUCUUGACUCAUUCAUAGAUUCUCUAAGUGUGUUCCCACCCAAGUCUGUGCAACUCAAACGACCAUUUGAAGUCCAGCCAUGGAGUGAUUCAGAGGAGAAUAUUGGGAAUCUUCUCAUGGUUUGGAGAUUUUUAAUCACCUUUGCUGAUGUUCUUGGGCUAUGGCCUUUUACUUUGGAUGAGUUUGUGCAAGCUUUUCAUGAUUAUGAUUCAAGGUUGUUGGGUGAGAUACACAUUUCUCUCCUCAGAUCCAUAAUAAAAGAUAUUGAAGAUGUUGCAAGGACUCCUACUGGAACAGGAAUAAGUCAAUAUUGUGCAGCCAAUCCUGAAGGUGGACAUCCACAAAUCAUUGAAGGGGCAUAUUCAUGGGGCUUUGAUAUAUGCCAUUGGCAGCGGCACUUAAAUCCACUAACUUGGCCAGAAAUAUUUCGGCAGUUAGCAUUGUCUGCUGGAUUUGGGCCACAGUUGAAGAAAAGAAGUAAUUCAUGCUCCAGCUUGGCUGAAAACCGUGAGGGUAAAGGUUGUCAUGACAUAGUUUCUACUAUUCGUAAUGGUUCAGCUGCUGAAAAUGCAUUUGCAUGGAUGCGAGAAAAAGGUCUAUUACUUCCACGAAGAUCUAGGCAUAAAUUGACCCCUGGAACUGUCAAAUUUGCUGCUUUUCAUGUUCUUUCACUUGAGGGAAGCAAGGGAUUAACUGUGCUAGAACUUGCUGACAGGAUUCAGAAAUCUGGACUCCGGGACCUAACAACGAGCAAGACGCCAGAGGCAUCAAUUUCUGUUGCUUUAACAAGAGAUUCAAAGAUUUUUGAAAGAAUAGCUCCUUCAACAUAUUGUGUACGACCUGCUUUUAGGAAGGAUCCUGCAGAUGCUGAGGCGAUACUCUCAGCAGCAAGAAAGAAAAUUCGAAUAUUUGAAAAUGGGUUUUUAGCUGCAGAAGAUGCUGAUGAUGUUGAAAGAGAUGAUGACUCAGACUGUGUUGUUGAUGAGGAUCCCGAAGUUGAAGAUUUGGCUACUCCAUCAACUGCAAACAAAAUUGUUGACCAUUAUGAUGAAGCACAUGCUUGUUCAGGGACUGGAAAAGACAAUAUUUGCAAUGAUGUUGCACUAAAUGUGCCAAAUGAGGUUGACAAUGAUUUUUCAUCUCUCUCAGUGAAUGGUUCCAAGGAUGCAAGCUGCCCAAGUACCACUGCACACUAUGUUGCUGUUGAAGACUUUGGGGCUUGCAAUCUCAAUCAAGAAAAUGUCGAAAUUGAUGAAAGCAAACCUGGUGAAUCAUGGAUUCAAGGACUUUCAGAGGGUGAUUACUCUCAUCUCAGUGUUGAGGAGCGUCUUAAUGCCCUUGUUGUCUUAAUAGGUUUAGCAAAUGAAGGAAACUCUAUACGUGCAGUUCUUGAGGAUCGCUUGGAAGGAGCAAAUGCUCUUAAAAAGCAAAUGUGGGCUGAGGCACAAGUAGAUAAAAGUCGCCUGAAAGAAGGGAUUAUGAGUAAAGCAGACGUUACAACUUCUAUGGGGGGCAGAUUGGAAAAACAACCAGGUAGUUUUGCAGUGGAGGAUAGCCAAAGUCCAUUGCCUGUUGCUGUUGACAAUAGAAACGAGGCAUCUCCAUACCUUGCUGAAGAACAAAAACCCUUGCAUGGUUCACAAGGUAUUCAGAAUAAUGUCAAUGAUUGUCCUACUGAGAGAACUUUAGCCAUGCAAGAUCCCUCUACAUCUCUGGAUAACCUUGCAACUCAGCAACAUGGAUAUACUUCAAAAAGAUCACGCUCACAGUUGAAAGCUUAUUUUGCACACAUAGCUGAAGAAAUGUAUGUUUACAGAUCCUUGCCUCUUGGUCAAGAUAGAAGACGCAACAGAUACUGGCAGUUUGUUGCAUCUGCUUCUAGAAAUGAUCCUUGUUCUGGCAGAAUCUUUGUUGAAUUGCAUGACAGAAAUUGGAGGCUUAUUGAUACAGAAGAGGCCUUUGAUGCUCUAUUGAUGUCUUUGGAUACACGAGGAAUCAGAGAAUCUCAUCUGCGCAUAAUGUUGCAAAAGAUUGAGACAUCCUUCAAAGAAAAUGUUAGAGGGAAGUUGCAGUAUGCCAAUACUGUGGGCCAAAGUGGGACCACCAUUAAAAAUGAAACUACUGUAAUGGAUAUUGAUUCUGAAUUUGCUAGUUCAGAUAGUCCUAGUAGUGCUGUUUGUGGUUUAAAUUCUGAUUCAACAGAAACAUCAUCUUCGUUCAGAAUUGAGCUUGGGAGAAAUGAGAUUGAGAAGAAAGCUGCCUUGGAAAGGUACCAAGAUUUUCAGCAUUGGAUGUGGAAAGAAUGCUAUAUUUCACUACCUCUAUGUGCCUUAAAAAUUGGGAAGCCAAGAUGCAAACAGUUGCUGGCUAUUUGUGAUAGUUGUCUUGAAUCAUAUCUUUCUGAGGAUACUCAUUGCCCAGAUUGCCACCAGGCAUUUGGUGCAGUUGAUAACAAUUCUAAAUUUUCUGAACAUGUUGGUCAAUGUGAAGAGAAGAGUAACUUAGGGCAAGGGGAUAUGCAUAUUUUUCACUCUUCUCUUCCGUUUGGAAUUAGAUUGCUGAAGGUCCUGUUUUCUGUAGUUGAGGCAUCUGUACCUUCAGAAGCUUGGGAAUCAUUUUGGACAGAAGAUCAUCGGACGACUUUAGCGGGCAAGUUGAGGGGUUCAUCAUUUGCUGAAGAAGUACUGCAGGUACUGACUCUAUGUGAGAGUGGCAUAAAGCGACAGCAUUUAUCAUCCAACUUUGAGACAACAAAUGAAUUAUUGGGCUCCUCUGUUCUGUCUGCUAAUGCUGGACCAGUUCCUAUUCUCCCCUGGAUACCAAAAACCACUGCUGCUGUUGCUCUUAGACUUUUGGAUCUCGAUGCAUCGAUUAUGUAUGUAAAGCCAGAGAAAGCCGAGCCCUUAGAGUAUAAGGAAGUCAGAGAAUAUGUAAAGCUGCCUGCUAGAUAUUUAACUCUCAAGAAUAAAGGGGCCGACCUAAAAUAUUUGGACCAAGAUGGACAUAUGAAAGAAGAGAAUUAUGAUAAUCUGACUGGAAAACGUAAAAACAGUAAGCGAGGGAAAAGGAGUCAUGAUCAAGGCUGGAGUAGAAGGUAUCAGAGAAAAGGUCCUGGUAUGAGUAGUGGCCCUGGCAGGCGAAAUGCCAGGGAAAAUGAGAAUCUAAAUCAACAGAGACAGCAGGAAGUAAAAUCGAAUGGUAAGGUGGGUGGAAAGCGUCGCCGUACAGUUAGAAAGAGAGCAGAAAGGAGAUCUGAGAAUGAGACAAUAUGGAACCAAAUGGGUGUCAGAGUUAUCCCCAAUAACAGUAGAGAAUCACAGAGAAAUUUUGAGGAUGAUUGGGGUUCUGGAAAGGUGAUGAUGAAUAUGGAGGAUGCUGAGAAUGGCAACAGUGCAGAAGCAGUAGACUCCGAUGACAAUGCUCAAGCAGAAGAAUAUGAACAAGGAAAUUGGGACCUUGGUUUUAAUGGAGCCCCUAAUGGCUGGAACAGAGAUAUGAUGGAAGUAAGUGAUGAGGAUGUAGAUGUAUCUGGAGAUGAUUGCGGCAUCAAAGAGGUGGUAGGAGAUGAAGAUUCAGAGGGAGACAUGGAUUUAAGCGAAGCAUCCGAUCAAAUGGUGAUCAAUGAUGCUGACGGCAAUGGCAUGGACUCUGCAGUUUCAGAAUAUAGUGAUUGAUACUACAAAACCUGCAUAAUAUUUUUGAUAUUUUAGUUUCAAUAGCGAUCUGAAUUUGUGUAUAAGAGAACUAAAGUGACAGUUUGGCCUCUUUCUUUCAGAUAAUGGGGUAGUCUGAGAGAGGAGAUACAUGUAACUAAUUAGACUGACAUAUUGUAAAAUCAGCCAAGGUAUUAUCAUAUUUCUUAAACAA